GUCUUGGUACGGAAAGAGGCGGAGCUCCAACAACCUCUCAAGUACUCUGCAAGCAUGGAGCUCGCUUACGAGUGACAUUCAUUUACAGUCUUUGAAUUCUGUGCAUUUUCAUAGAGCGAGAGAGGAACAGACAGAAGAUCAUGUGUACAAAGCUCAGAAGAUAUCCUGAUAUUUCUGUUUAUCACUGUAUGCAGUUGUGUGUGUCUUUGAUGCUGACAUCAGUUUCACAAGGUGAAGUAAUAACUGAUGGAAAUAUUACAGCAUAUCUUGACAAAAAUAAAUCAAUCAUUUGUAAACUGUCCAAGAUCUCUACAUCCAACAAUCCCCAAUUUAGAUGGGAGAGACCACAAGAAGGAACAAUCGCUCAUUACUAUGAUGGAAAGGUGGUCAUUAUUGACGCAUAUAAAGAUCGUCUAAAUUUAUCUCUCACUGCAACAAAUCAGUUUAUGAUCACUUACCACCCUUUAAAAGACAAUGAUAGUGGUUGCUAUCUCUGCAACUUUGAUGUCUACCCUACUGGGUUUCAGUCUGGAGAAGUCUGCAUCACUCUGCUUGCGGAAGUGAAAUCGACUGGCAAUGUUUCAACUAAUCUUGGAAAGCCGGCGACAGUUUCCUGCAGUUAUGAGUUUCCAGAUCAGGUCAGCCAGGUUCUGUGGAACAAACAUCUACAAGAAAACAAAAUGGAGAUAAUUGCUUCACAUAAUAAAUACUAUCUUUCAAACAUUACGUAUAAGUAUAAGGACAAACUUUUUUUUUACUCCAGUGGAAAAACAUCAGAAGUUGUCUUCAAAGCUAUCUCAUUACAGGAUGAAGCCUGUUACAUGUGUGAAUAUAACUUAUAUCCAUAUGGAACUAAAAGUAUAAGCAGCUGCAUUACUGUGCUUGUGCCGCCCAAAUACAGUUCCAGUUAUGAACUUUUACUAGAUGGUUUCUACCAACUAAACUGCUCAGCUUUUGGAAAGCCAGCUCCUAUAGUGAGAUGGAAUAUGACCAAUGGUGACAUAAUUGAAAAUGUGACAUACAUCACAGAAACAUUUGACAAUGGCACCACUUUGGUGAUCAGCAAGUUUUUGGUGCAGGCCGCUAUAUUUAACGAGAGGAGGAUUGUUUGCAUUAUAGAUCAUCCUAGUCUAACUUCACCAAUUACUGUUGAGAUCAAGGAAAAAGGAUCCAGUGCACUGACCAUUCUCAUAGCAGUCGUGAUCUGCACUGCAGUUUUGAUCAUCUGUCUGUGUAUAUGCAUGUGGAAAUGCUUGGUACAUCAGGAUUAAUGUUUUCACAGUAUAAUCAGCCGGGUGCAGUACAGUGAUAUGCUGUUACCAGUUGCAACAGAACCUAAUUUCUUUUAUUGUGACAGAAGAAGGACUUUAUUUCUUCAGUUUACAGAAUAAAGCUGACUGCAGCCUCAACUUUGCUUUCUUUCAUCCUCACCGCAGAUUGGAAUUGUUAAGAUGUAAUUCUGUAAACUCUUUGGAAAAGCAGGUGUCGGUCUGCUACAGUACAUGAGCUUAUGAUUUGAAAAGACUUUUAAUGUAGCCCAUUAACAAGCAAUAUAAUUGGUAUUCAAAUAUUUUAUGUAUGGUGAAUAACUUUUCUCUACAGUUUACUGAUUACAAAAUAUUGUAAAAGGCUGAAGAUGAAACAUUAGGACUUUGAUGCCCUUCUACUUCCCUAGAAUUAAGCCUUACUUUAAUCUCUAUGUGCCUAAACCUAGACACUUUUUUGUUUUUGAUUAUUUGUACAUAUAAAAUAAAAAAAUAAUAAGUGCUAAAUACACAUAUUAGAUACCCAUCUAUCCAUAUAUCAUUAACUUCCCUUUCACCUACUGUAUGCUUAUAAAUUAAUUUACAAAUCCCAAAGUGACUUCUGUUCACUAAGAUAUGAUAUAAUAGUCAUCCCUCCAUGCACCCAUCCCUCAAUUCAUUAUAUUCAACAAACUUUUUUCCUCUUGGGGAUCACAAAAGCACAGUGUUUAUAAUAUAGCAACCUUUUUUUUAAUAAAUAUAAAAUGUUUUUUUUCUAUUUAAAAUUAGGAGUAUCACUGUCUAUGAUAUGCUGUAAAUAUAUUAAUGAAGAAGAACAUUUUUGAUGUGUAAUGCAGAUUUCUCAUUGUUAAGACAGACUGGUUUAAGGAGUGGACAUUCUGUGUAUUCUUCACUAACUUUAAGCAGUAAGAGUCAAAGUUAAUGCUGCAUUCUUGAAUUAGUACUAUUAAAAAAUGUUACCUUCUAUUACAAUAUAUUUAAUUUACAUCUUUAAAUAUUACAUUAGUAAAUCUCCCAGUGUAACAAAGGUUUAUUUUUAUAGAUUCAGAGCACAUUUUUAAACUUUAAAGUAUUGCCAUGAAGUGUUUCUGUGGAUAGGAUUUCAUGUUUAAUUGUAGAUGUAAGAAAGUCAAGCUGGUGUCUUCCUGGUUGCUUCCUUCUUCCUGCAUAACUAAACCAUUUCUAACAAAGACAAUAAGAAAAACAGACAAAGUUUGUGAACCUAAUUGAAGUGAAUGUUUGUCUUUAAUGUUAUUACUUGAGUUUAAAAUGUGUCACAAAAUAUUGUCUAUUAAAACUUUAAUUUUCAGGAGGCUUAACUAAUGACAUACAGUAUGUAAUAUUGACUGUUAAUAUGAGUAACAUUAAUAUGUUAAAUUAUGAGGCUACUAAGAACACUAAACAAUAUUUUCUUUCUUCCUUUCUUUUGUUAAUACAGUUCUUUCAUGGGAUCUUAAAAAAGAUUGAGAAUAAAGCUGGGAAAGUUCUUAGAUUGUUUAAGAAUAUACUGCAUAAUAAAGCUAUGUUUUAAAAUUGGGAGAUUUUUUUACAUUAGAUUUAUAGUUCUUAUUUUUAAUAAACUGUACAUGAAUACAAC